UAACUGUUUCUAUGGUAACGACGCCGUUAAAGCUUCACAAGUCGGUUCAGAGACUAAAUUGCGAUUAUUUAUGAGUAAACUAAGCAAAGCGUAAAUGUAUUGGAGGAACAAACAGGUGAAUCGACAGAUUUUCACUGCAGUUUCUUGCUGUCAGGAAUGGCCACCUCUCCCGGAGUGUUCAAAAACACACAGAAAAGGAUGUCCAACUUUCCAGUCCUGCCCCCUAUUGAAGGGGCACAACAGCUUGGAGAAAUUGAGCAAAUCAUAGCCAAGAAGGAGGAAAUAGCGGAGAAGGUAGCGGUCUCCAAGAAGCUGCUGAGACACAAAAGGAGCAAAAUGGAAGUAAAGCAACGCCUAAAGAUACUGUAUGUCUCUAAAGCAGCGGAGGAUUUAAGACAGAACAGAGAGAGGGGAGUUGUCCGCAGCUUGUCCCCAGAGCCACAGCUUCCACCUUCUAUGCUUAGUGAGCAACGGAAACAAAUGAUGAAUUACAACUUCCUUAAGCAGUGUGUGGAGAGACGCGAAUGUCCAGUUAUUCAGCAGCAGUGGUUAGACUCGAUUGUAGAUCGAGUCCCAGCAAGACUAAGAGGCAGCCCCGAGUCAGAAAAACUGCUGCAGGAGCUCUGCAAGGAAGUCAGCGACAAUUUCAAUAGUGUAAUUGUAAAGUACACAGUGGGCACAGUGUUAAAGAAUCCACAGGCAGAUGGAUUGAACUCAGAAAAACAGAGCGCUACACAACCAAAAAUUCUCAGCUUCUCCCGUCCAUGGCAUGAUAGUUUUAUCAGAAGCCGCAAGAUGAUAAAGGCAAACUUGCAUAUUCUUAAUCCUGUAAUGCAGACUCUGUUGGAUCUUGGAAACACAACAUUCUCUUCACUGGUCCUAAUUGAGCUUUCAUCAUACAGAGCUUCAGGACCCGUGGAUUCUAAGAGCCUACAGAACAAAAUGGCUGUGGAGUGUAAGAGGACAGAAGAUCGCAUCAUGAACACCUGGUUUCCCAAAGUCAUCCACCUUUUAACAAAUCAAGAAACUCUCAAGGGAGUUAAAGAGGAGAAAAUUGAUUCCUUUUACAAUUGUGCUUCCACCCUAAUUUCCAAUCAGCUGAAAUCUCUUCUUCAUGGAAGUGUGGAGGAGUUUGUCGGUGUAUUUGAUCCAAGCAAUCACCACCGCUUGCCCAUCUUUCGGAUGGCUUUAACCUUUGACGAUGAAAAGAUGGAAAUUUAUCCCGCCUUACAAGAUCUGGAAGCUGCUGUUCUUGACAUUCUAAGUGCCAUAACAAACACUUUUCAGAAAGUACAAACUGUCCAGUCGUGGCUGGCACAAAACACAUCUUUAUUUAUGGAUGCCAAGGUGACUGAUCAGAUCCAUGCUUGGGCUCAGGCCACCGUGAAGAGUGCUGUGCGCAGAAAUCUAGAGGAGCCUGACAAAUAUUUCCAGAACUAUGUUGACAGUUACGACUGGCUGGUUAAUGGAACUGCACAGGCUAAAGUAGAGACGUUUAUGGAAGAGGAACACUCUUUUGAUGAAUACACUAAGCAAGUGGAGGAGUUUCGUGCUCUGUCAAAGGAGAUUAUGAGCCUCCCAUCAAAAGCCCGCUUCACAAUGGUCCAUCUGGACUGUGAGGAGCUGAAACAAGGGCUUGCCAACAAAGCCAAAGCUUAUGCCGAAAUACUUCUGAAGAAAUUAGUCUCCAGGCACCAUGAACAAAAUCUAGAGAUUUGCUCUGAGUUUGAAAACAUCAGAAUGAGAGCUUUGAAAGUUCCAGAGAAUACAGAGGAAAUGGCUCAGAUGCUUGACUUUAUACAUGAAGCUAAGAGUAAAGGUCUUGCAGAGCUUAAUGAAAAAAUUAAGGAAGCAUGCUGCAGACUAAUCUACCUCUUGGAAGUCCACGUCAUUGAAGCAGAGGAUAUGGAGCUUAAUUCGACUGUUUUUCUCUGGCCACAAAACAUCCUUCAUACUUUUGAACUCAGUGAUGAGUUAAUGGAGAAGGCCAAGAAGAAAGGAGAGGAUGAGUUGGUUGCUAAAAGAGAAAAAUUAAUGGUGCAGCUUGAAAAGUUGGGACACAGGACUGAGGAGUUUAAAUUUCUCUCUGAGCUGGAAAUGAUGCAACAGUAUGUUGCGGAUGUCCGAAUAGUUCAGAAACUUCUCCACGAGGCUGAGGAGGCUAUUACACUCAUUAAUAAGGAAGAGGCCUUCUACAAGUGGGACCUGACAUGUUUCCCAGAAGUUGAGAUCAUCAAAGAGAAUAUCGAACCAUAUCAGAAGCUGUUUGGAUUUGUCCUGAACUGGCAGCGCACAGAGAGCAGGUGGAUGGAUGGCUCCUUCCAGGACCUUAAUGGUGAGACGAUGGAGGUAAAAGUGGAUGAAUUCUAUAGGGAAAUCUUCAAGAUGCUCAAGUUUUUCCAACAGAAAAAGAUUAAGGCUGCGCAAGAGAUGGAGAGGAUCUCUGAGAAGAGGCGACACCCUACUGAGGAUGAUGUGACAAAGGAAGAAAGCCCAACUAUCAGUUUGUGUUCGGCUGUAAUGGAGCAGAUUAAAAACUUUAAGAAACAUAUCCCCCUGGUGUCCAUCUUGUGCAACCCUGGCCUCAGAUCUCGCCACUGGACCCAGAUGUCACAGAUAGUUAGCUAUGAAAUCACCCCCAAUGGUGGUACAACACUACGGAAAGUUCUCAAGCAAAAUCUGACUCCAUACCUGGAAGACUUUGAGUCCAUCAGUGCUGCUGCCAGCAAAGAGUUUUCCCUUGAGAAGGCUAUGAAAACCAUGGUGGGCAUUUGGGAUAGUGUCUCCUUUCACCAUCAACCUUACAGGGAGACUGGCGUUUCCAUCUUGACCGCCUUAGAUGACAUUCAGACAAUGUUAGAUGACCAGAUUGUGAAGACUCAGACUAUGAGGGGCUCACCUUUCAUAAAGCCCUUUGAAAAUGAAAUCAAGCAAUGGGAGGAGCGUCUGCUUCGUAUCCAGGAAUCCAUAGAUGAGUGGCUGAAAGUACAAGCCCAGUGGCUUUACCUGGAGCCCAUCUUUUCAUCCAAGGACAUCAUGCAGCAGAUUCCAGAAGAGGGGCGACUUUUUCAAACUGUUGACAGGAACUAUAAAGAGGUUAUGAGGCAUUGUGUUAAGAACCCUAAGAUUCUCCCAGCAACCUCGCUACCUGGUUUGCUAGAGAAACUGCAAGAAUCCAACACCCUUCUUGAUAGCAUUAUGAAGGGCUUGAAUGCAUAUCUGGAGAAGAAACGUCUGUUUUUUCCUCGGUUCUUCUUCUUGUCCAACGAUGAAAUGCUGGAGAUUCUGUCUGAGACCAAGGAUCCACAGCGAGUGCAGCCACAUCUGAAGAAGUGCUUUGAGGGUAUUUCCAAACUAGACUUUCUUCCCAAUUUGGAUAUCCAGGCCAUGUAUAGCAGUGAAGGGGAGCGCGUUCAGCUCAUCCAGCACAUCUCCACGUCCGAAGCCAAAGGAGCUGUGGAGAAGUGGCUGAUUCAGGUGGAAGACGUGAUGCUUCGGAGUGUUAGAGAUGUAAUAGCCCGGUCCAGGGUGGCAUACGCUGAGACUCCACGGAGCCAGUGGGUCACGGAGUGGCCUGGGCAGGUGGUACUUUGCACCUCACAGAUUUUCUGGACAUUGGAGGUUCAUGAGGCUAUCAGAGCACACCCUAACGGUUUAAAGAACUACUAUCAGAAACUUCAGAGUCAGCUGAAUGACAUCGUAGAGCUGGUGAGAGGAAAACUGGCCAAGCAAACACGGAUUACUUUGGGAGCUCUGGUCACAAUUGAUGUCCAUGCCAGGGAUGUAGUCAUGGAGCUUAUUGAGAAAGGUGUAUCACAAGAAGCUGACUUUCAGUGGCUGGCCCAGCUUCGUUAUUACUGGAGUAGUGAUAAUGUUCGCGUUCGCAUAAUCAACUGUGAUGUUAAGUAUGCCUAUGAGUAUCUGGGGAACUCGCCACGCCUGGUCAUCACUCCUCUGACUGACAGAUGCUAUCGAACCCUGAUUGGAGCUUUCUACAUGAAUUUGGGUGGUGCACCAGAGGGUCCAGCUGGAACAGGAAAGACAGAGACAACUAAGGAUCUGGCUAAAGCACUUGCUGUGCAGUGUGUCGUCUUUAACUGUUCAGAUGGACUGGAUUAUCUGGCUAUGGGAAAAUUUUUUAAAGGUCUUGCUUCAUCUGGUGCGUGGGCCUGCUUUGACGAAUUCAACCGUAUUGAGCUGGAAGUGCUGUCUGUAGUGGCCCAGCAGGUUCUCUGUAUUCAAAGGGCCAUCGAGCAGAAGCUGGAGUACUUUGACUUUGAAGGGACCAUGCUCAAACUCAAUCCCAACUGCUUUGUGUCCAUAACAAUGAACCCUGGCUACGCAGGACGAUCAGAACUCCCAGACAACCUCAAGGUUUUGUUCCGAACAGUUGCCAUGAUGGUGCCCAACUAUGCACUUAUAGCUGAGAUAUCUCUGUAUUCAUAUGGCUUCUUAAAUGCCAAACCUCUCUCGGUGAAGAUUGUGAUGACCUACAGGCUUUGCUCAGAGCAGCUCUCCUCUCAGUUCCAUUAUGAUUAUGGCAUGAGGGCUGUCAAAGCUGUCCUUGUGGCUGCAGGAAACCUCAAGCUCAAGUAUCCCAAGGAGAAUGAGGACAUUCUGCUCCUGAGAUCCAUAAAGGAUGUUAAUGAGCCCAAGUUUCUCUCCCAUGAUAUUCCGCUGUUCAAUGGAAUCACCAGUGAUUUGUUCCCAGGCAUUUGCCUUCCCGAGGCUGAUUACCAGCUGUUUCUAGAGGCUGCUAAAGAAUGCUGCAAAAAUCACAAUGUACAGCCAACAGACGUUUUCAUACAGAAGAUGAUCCAGACCUAUGAGAUGAUGAUUGUUAGGCACGGAUUCAUGCUGGUGGGAGAGCCUUUUGCUGGAAAGACCAAAGUGCUACAUGUUUUAGCUGACACUCUGACUCUCAUGAAUGAGAGAGGACACGGCCAGGAGGAGAAAGUCAUCUUCAGGACGUUAAACCCAAAGUCAAUUACUAUGGGACAGCUGUUUGGACAGUUUGAUCUAGUUUCUCAUGAGUGGACAGAUGGGAUUGUGGCUAACACGUUUCGGGAGUUUGCAUCGGCUGACACUCCCGACCGUAAAUGGGUGGUGUUUGAUGGUCCAAUAGAUACACUAUGGAUUGAGAGCAUGAACACGGUGCUGGAUGACAACAAAAAGUUGUGCCUGAUGAGCGGUGAGAUCAUCCAGAUGUCAAGUCAGAUGAGUUUGAUUUUUGAAGCUAUGGAUCUAUCACAGGCCUCUCCAGCCACAGUCAGUCGAUGUGGUAUGAUCUACAUGGAACCAUCUCAGCUGGGCUGGAAGCCCUUGGUGCUCUCCUGGAUGAACACUCUUCUUGAUGAUCUUCAGACUCCAGACAACCGUUCCUUGUUACUGGAGCUUUUCCACUGGCUCCUGCCACCCGCUCUCACAAUGCUUCGAAAACAUUGCAGAGAAGUCGUUUCCAGGAGCAACAGCAACAUUGCGGUGUCUUUGUGUCGACUGUUUGAGAUGCUUCUCACUAAACCUGUGAAGACGGGUCAAAGUGAUAAAAAUAUCCGCUGCUGGAUAAUGGCAGCAUUUGCAUUCUCACUCGUGUGGUCUGUGGGUGGGAGCUGUGAUGCAGACAGUAGAGAGAAGUUUAGUAGCUUCUUCAGGUUGAUUGUUGCAGGACAAAAAAAAGAACAUCCUAUCCCUGAAACAGUGGGAAAAUGGGAGUGUCCAUUUGAGGAGAAGGGGCUAGUGUAUGACUAUUUCUAUGAGUUUAAAGGGAAAGGCAAAUGGUUUCACUGGAAUGAGGCCAUUAAAAACAUCAACCUGGGCGACAAAACCACCAAAGUGCAAGAGAUCAUUGUACCCACCAUAGACACAGUUCGCUACAACUACUUGAUGGAUCUUUGCAUCAACUACGAAGUUCCUUCCCUGUUUGUGGGUCCUACUGGAACUGGAAAAUCUGUGUAUGUGAAGGAAAAACUCAUGAAUAAUCUGGACAAAGACCAGUACCUACCCUUCUUCAUCAACUUUUCAGCCCGCACAAGUUCAAACCAAACUCAGAAUAUCAUCAUGUCCAGGUUAGAUAAGAGAAGGAAGGGCGUGUUUGGACCCCCCAUGGGAAAAAAGUGUAUCAUCUUUGUAGAUGACAUGAACAUGCCUGCACUGGAACAGUUUGGAGCACAGCCUCCUGUAGAGCUUCUUCGACAGUACAUAGACCACGGAAACUGGUAUGACCUGAAGGAUACCUCCAAGAUCACUCUUGUUGAUCUCCAGAUCAUCUCAGCUAUGGGCCCCCCUGGUGGGGGAAGGAAUGCUGUGACUUCACGCUUCUUGCGGCAUUUCAACAUUUUUAGCAUUAAUCCCUUCAGCGAUGACACCAUGGUUCACAUUUUCUCCAACAUUGUGUCCUUCUAUCUUAAAAACAAUCAGUUCCCACCUGAAUAUUUCACUGUUGGCAACCAAAUAGUGACAGCAACAAUGGAAGUCUAUAAGAAAGCCAUGGAGAACCUGCUUCCAACUCCAGCCAAGUCUCACUAUACCUUCAACCUGCGGGACUUUUCACGUGUUAUCCAAGGUUGCCUGCUGAUUAAGAAGGGAUCUCUGGAGAGCAAACGCACUAUGAUACGGCUUUUUGUCCAUGAGGUCUUCCGUGUCUAUUAUGACCGUUUGGUAGACGAUGACGAUCGAGUGUGGCUCUACACGCUGAUGAGCAGCAUUGUGAAAGAUCACUUUAAGGAAUCCUUUCACCAGGUCUUUGAUCACCUGAAACAAGGCAGCAAACUGGUUGAAGAAGACAUGCGAAAUCUUCUGUUUGGUGACUACAUGAAACCUGACCUGGAGGAUGAUGAGCGUUUGUAUGCUGAGGUGCCCUCAGUUGAAAACUUUGCCGUGGUGGUAAAGUCCUGUCUUGAAGAAUACAACCAGAUGCAUAAGAAUCGGAUGAACCUUGUCAUCUUCCGCUACGUCCUGGAGCACUUGUCCCGCGUCAGUCGUGUGUUAAAGCAGCCAGGAGGAAAUGCCCUCCUUGUGGGAGUGGGAGGAAGUGGACGCCAAUCCAUCACCCGUCUGGCCACAUUCAUGGCCCAUAUGACCAUGUUUCAGCCAGAGAUCUCCAAGAGCUACGGUAUGACUGAGUGGAGAGAUGACCUCAAGAUGUUGCUAAAAAAUGCUGGGGUGAAAGGACAGAAGACAGUGUUCUUGAUAACUGAUGCUCAGAUCAAAGAUGAAGCUUUUCUAGAAGACGUGGACAGUGUCUUGAAUACAGGAGAGGUUCCCAAUCUUUUUGCCAUAGAUGAGAAACAAGAAAUCAUAGAGGCAGUACGUCCCAUUGCCCAAGCUGGUAAUAAAAACUUGGAGCUGAGCCCUUUGACUCUGUUUGCCUUCUUUGUGGCACGCUGUAAAGAGAACCUGCACGUUGUUGUGGCAUUCAGUCCUAUUGGAGAUGCCUUUCGAAAUCGCCUGCGCCAGUUUCCAGCUCUUAUUAACUGCUGUACCAUUGACUGGUAUCAGCCAUGGCCUGAGGAAGCUCUUGAGCGAGUAGCCAACUCCUUCCUGGAGUCACUACAAAUGAAUGAAAAUGAGAGGCAGGAGGUCAUACCUAUCUGCAAGACAUUCCACACCUCUGCCAAAGAGCUUUCACAGAGAUUCCUUUCUGAGCUUGGUCGCCAUAAUUAUGUGACACCCACAUCCUACCUGGAACUAAUUGCAGCUUUUCGUCAACUUCUCACUCAGAAAAGAGACACUGUCAUGAAGGCAAAACAGAGGUACACCAAUGGCCUGGAUAAGCUAGCCUUUGCUGAAUCUCAGGUGGGUGAGAUGAAGAAGGAACUUGUAGACCUACAGCCUAAACUGGAACAGGCAAAGAUAGAGAACACCAAAAUGAUGAAGGUUAUCGAGGUGGAGUCUGUGGAGGUGGAAGCCAAGAGCAAAGUUGUGCGGGUUGAUGAGGAGGCAGCAACCAUAAAAGCCAAUGAGGCCCAGGCUUUGAAGGAUGAGUGUGAGAGUGACUUAGCUGAAGCUAUCCCUGCCCUGGAGGCUGCUCUAUCUGCCUUGGACACUUUGAAGCCCUCUGAUGUCACAAUUGUGAAGUCUAUGAAAAAUCCACCUUCAGGGGUGAAGCUGGUGAUGGCAGCUGUGUGUGUGAUGAAGGAGAUAAAGCCAGAUAAGAUAGCUGAUCCAGCUGGGACUGGAAAAAAGGUUUUUGACUUCUGGGGUCCGAGCAAGAAGUUGCUGGGUGAUAUGAAUUUUUUACGAGAUCUUAGAGUAUAUGACAAGGACAACAUUCCUGUCCAUGUGAUGCAAAAAAUCCGAAGUGAGUACAUGACUAAUCCCGACUUUAACCCCAGUAUAGUGGCAAAGGCAUCCUCUGCAGCGGAAGGCCUGUGCAAAUGGAUCCAAGCAAUGGAAGUGUAUGACAGGGUGGCAAAGGUUGUGGCUCCUAAGAAGGCCAAUCUUGGAGUGGCACAGGAGUCCCUGGCAGCUACCAUGGCCCUUCUGGACCAGAAGAGGGCUGAGUUGAAAGAAGUUGAAGAUCGCUUAGCAGCUCUUCAGAAAACUUUUCAAGAAAAGACAGAGGAGAAAGCCCAGCUGGAAUUUCAGGUGGAUUUGUGCGCCAGGAAGCUGGAAAGGGCGGAAAAACUCAUCGGUGGUCUGGGUGGAGAGAAGACCAGAUGGUCUAAAGCAGCAGACGACCUGCAGAACACGUAUGACAAUUUGACCGGAGAUGUUCUUAUCUCUGCCGGUGUCAUCGCUUAUCUGGGGGCUUUCACAGCUGGCUUCAGACAAGAAUGCACCAAGUUGUGGACCAAACUGUGCAAAUCUAAGAACAUUCCAUCAUCAGAUGACUUCUCACUCAGUAAAACUCUGGGGGAUCCCAUUAAGAUCAGGGCAUGGAACAUUGCAGGGCUUCCCAGUGACACUUUCUCUAUUGACAACGGCGUCAUUGUCAGUAAUUCACGCAGAUGGCCCUUGAUGAUUGACCCUCAGGGUCAAGCCAACAAGUGGGUCAAGAAUUCAGAGAAAGAUAACAGCCUGAGUGUAAUAAAGCUAACAGAUGGGGACUAUAUGAGAACUUUAGAAAACUGUAUUCAGUUUGGAACACCACUGCUGCUGGAAAAUGUAGGAGAAGAACUGGACCCUUCUCUGGAACCAUUGCUGCUCAAACAAACCUUCAAACAAGGCGGUGUUGAUUGCAUCAGGCUCGGGGAGAGUGUGAUUGAAUACUCCAAUGAUUUCCGUUUCUACAUCACAACUAAGCUCAGAAACCCCCAUUACCUACCAGAGCUGGCCACCAAAGUGUCCCUGCUCAAUUUCAUGAUAACCCCUGAGGGCUUGGAGGACCAGCUGCUCGGGAUUGUUGUUGCCAAGGAGAGGCCAGAACUGGAGGAGGAGAGAAAUGCAUUAAUCCUGCAGUCAGCUGAAAAUAAGAGGCAGCUAAAGGAAACUGAAGACAAGAUCCUAGAGACACUGCAGUCCUCUGAGGGAAAUAUCCUGGAAGAUGAGAGUGCCAUUCAGAUUUUAGACUCAGCAAAGAUCAUGUCCAACACAAUUACCAAGAAACAGCAGAUUGCAGAGAAGACAGAGAUCAAGAUAGCAGAGUCCAGAGAGGGUUACAGAGCUAUUGCAAACCACUCGUCCAUCCUGUUCUUCAGUAUUACUGAUCUGACCAACAUUGACCCGAUGUACCAGUACUCUCUCAGCUGGUUUGUUAAUCUCUACAUUAACUCCAUACAAGACAGUAACAAGUCCAAGAUUCUGGAAAGAAGGCUUCAGUUUCUUAUUGAUCACUUCACCUAUAACUUGUACUGCAACAUAUGUCGUUCUCUGUUUGAGAAAGAUAAACUCCUCUUCUCCUUCCUUCUCUGCUGCAAAUUACUACUAGCAAAAGGGGAGAUUAAACACACUGACUUUAUGUUCCUGCUGACUGGGGGAGUGGGCCUCCAGAACACCACUGCUAAUCCCGACCCCACCUGGCUACAGGACAAGAGCUGGGAUGAAAUCUGCAGAGCCAGUGAACUCCCUGGUUUACGAGGAUUGAAAGAAGCUUUCAUUAAAAAUCCAGAUGACUUCAAGUCCAUUUAUGACAGCAAAGAUCCAUGCACAAUUGGUUUGCCUGCUCCGUGGUGUGAACAGCUCAAUGAUCUGCAAAAGAUGAUCAUCGUUCGCUGUCUCAGGCCUGAUAAGAUACUGCCAGCUGUGGCUAAAUAUGUGAAACGCAACCUAGGGAAGAAAUUUGUCCAACCACCUCCCUUUGACCUGAGUAAGAGCUACUUGGACUCCAACUCUGCCAUUCCACUCGUGUUUGUGCUGUCUACAGGUGCUGAUCCCAUGGCUAGCUUGCUGAAGUUUGCCAGUGACAAGAACAUGGGUGGUGCCAAGUUCCAGUCUAUCUCUCUGGGUCAGGGACAGGGGCCCAUUGCUUCUAAAAUGAUAUCCACAGCCAUGCAGGAUGGGACAUGGGUGUGUUUACAAAAUUGCCACUUGGCCGUUUCCUGGAUGCCCAUGCUAGAGAAAAUCUGUGAGGACUUUAGUCUUGCAACAUGCCACCAAGACUUCCGCCUCUGGCUCACAAGCUACCCUUCAGCCAAGUUUCCAGUGACCAUCCUGCAGAAUGGAGUGAAAAUGACAAAUGAGCCCCCAACAGGACUCCGUCUCAACCUGCUCCAGUCUUAUUUGUCAGAUCCUAUUUCUGAUCCAAACUUCUUCAGCAACUGUCCCAAUAAAGAGCUGAUCUGGGAGAAGCUCCUGUAUGGACUGUGCUUCUUCCAUGCUCUCGUUCAGGAGAGGAAAAAGUUUGGUCCUUUGGGCUGGAAUAUUCCGUAUGGCUUCAAUGAGUCUGACCUGCGCAUAAGCAUCAGACAGCUACAGCUGUUUGUAAAUGAAUAUGACAAGGUGCCCUUGGAGGCCAUAACAUAUCUGACUGGAGAGUGCAAUUACGGUGGCCGUGUGACAGAUGAUUGGGACAGGCGGCUCCUGAUGACUAUCUUGGCUGACUUCUACAACAAGGACAUCAUUGAGACUUUUCGCUAUCCUUUCUCACCUAGUGGCGAUUACUGUGCCCCACCAAAAUCUAGCUAUCAGGAUUACAUUCUGUUUAUCAAGGAACUUCCAUUCAGCCAGCAUCCAGAAGUGUUUGGGAUGCACGAAAAUGUAGACAUUUCCAAAGAUUUGCAGCAGACAAAACUACUGUUUGAUUCACUGAUACUCACCCAGGGUGGAGGCUCCGAGGGCGGAACCCAUUCUGAGAGCGACAACAUGCUGUACGACAUAGCGAAUGACAUCCUCACCAAGCUCCCAGCUAACUUUGACACAGAAGCAGCUCUCUUGAAGUUUCCUGUGCUCUAUGAAGAAAGCAUGAACACAGUCCUUGUCCAAGAGAUGGAGCGCUACAACACGUUGUGCAGUUUGAUUCGUAUCAGCCUGCAGAAUUUGCUGAAGGCUAUUAAGGGAUUGGUGGUGAUGGAUGCAGAGCUGGAGGCAGUUGCAGGCAGUUUGGUGGUUGGAAAAGUGCCAGAGAAAUGGGCCAAGCGCUCUUACCCCAGCCUCAAACCCUUGGGCAGUUACAUUAAUGACUUUCUGUCAAGGCUCAAGUUUUUGCAGGUUUGGUUUAACACCAGCAAGCCCAAUGUGUUCUGGCUGUCUGGCUUCUUCUUCACCCAGGCCUUUCUAACUGGGGCCAUGCAGAACUAUGCCAGGAAAUACCACAUCCCCAUUGACCUGCUGAGCUUCGAAUUUGAGGUCCUUCCUUUUGACGAGAUACAAACAGCGCCUGAAGAUGGUGUUUACAUUAAUGGACUGUUUCUUGAUGGAGCUCGGUGGGACAAAGAAAGUGGAGUUCUGGCUGAGCAGUACCCCAAAGUCCUCUUUGACUCACUGCCAAUCAUCUGGGUAAAACCCACUCAAAAGAACAGCGUCAGUCAGCCUCAGAAGAUGUACAUUUGUCCUCUAUACAAGACCAGCGAAAGGAAAGGCACGCUGUCCACCACAGGCCACUCCACCAAUUUUGUCAUUUCCAUGACGCUGCCCACCAACAAGCGCCCACAGCACUGGAUCAAGCGUGGUGUUGCCAUGCUCUGCCAGCUUGAUGACUGAGAUCAGUCAGCACAUUGCUUUAAGAAUCAAAUGCUUUACUGCAGCUAUUCUCAAUCCUGCUUGGAUUAGUUUAAAUUUAGUGUUGCUUAAUACAUUAAUAAACACAAUGUCUAUGGC